AUGGGGUCUUUCCCCGAGGUCAGGAGUUUAGUCACAUCGUCACAUCCCACUACCAUAACUCAAGCUGUUACUUUAGUCGUAAGCCUCACUGAGGAGGCGGUUAGAAUCAAGAAGAUUCCUGCAAAGGGUUCAGAUAAAAAGGAGACUCACGUAGAGUCCACUAGUGGUGGGAAGCGAAAGUUUUCACACUCCAACAAGGGUAUGCGCGUGAACAAAAACAAUGACAACUUUUAUGCUAAUAAACGAAGGGAAGUAAACCCACCACGGGGUGCCAAAGCUUUUGUGGCAACCAACGAAACUGGUGGUAGAAGUUAUGCAUGCUCCAAGCCCAAAUGUGAUAAGUGCAAGUAUCAUCAUGUGGGCCGUUGCAUGAAGGUUAAGUGCGACAAGUGUGGUAAAGUUGGGCACAGUAAAGAAACAUGCUGGGCAGGAACUGGGAGAGGAAACAUGAACCAAGGUGGAAAUGGUAACAAUAACGAGGGAGGAAAUGGAAAUGGAAAAGGGCAAGGAUGCUACAACUGUGUAGACAAAGGGAAUUUCAGGAAGGAUUGCCCUAAGGAAAACCAAGCUUGCGGGAGAGCUUUUGUGAUCGAAGCCGAGAUGCACGACAGGACCCGAACGUAG